AAAAGCAGCACAAGACAACCCUCUUUCACAAUUUCAGUUUGAAAUAUUCUUCUCAUCGAUGGCUGUUGAAAAUGCUGGGUCACAAGUGGCUCUGGUCACUGGUGGAUACGACCAUACCAUCAAGUUAUGGCAGGCGCACAGUGGCGUCUGUCUGCGAACCAUGCAACACCCGGACUCGCAAGUAAAUGGCCUAGAAAUCACUCCAAAUGGUCAGAUGGUAGCAGCUUGCGGAUAUCAGCACAUUCGUCUGUACGACCUGGCUAGUGCUAAUCCUGACCCUGUACACCACUUUGAGGGUGUUACCAAGAAUGUGUCGAGAGUUGGCUUCCAGGAAGAUGGCAAAUGGAUGUACACAGGCGGAGAAGAUUGUACAGCCAAAAUAUGGGACCUCAGGGGUCGUCAGUUCCAAUGUCAAAGAAUAUUUCAAGUGCCUGCACCAGUGAAUGCUGUAAUUCUUCACCCUGAUCAGACUCAGAUCAUGGUGGGUGACCAGAGUGGUAUUAUUCAUAUGUGGGAUCUGCGCAAUGAUCAGAAUGAACAACUGAUUCCUGAAGCAGAAGCUUCAAUCCAAGAUAUUGCGAUAGACCCUGAAGGCAAGAUGAUGGCCGCGGUAAACAACAAAGGCAAUUGCUACGUGUGGACGCUAAGCGGCGAGCCGCCGCGCCCCGUGCCUCGCAAACACAUACAGGCACAUCGAAAGUAUGCAUUGAGGUGCAAAUUCAGCCACGAUUCCACGAUGUUGGUGACGACAUCGGGCGACUGUUCUGCGAAGGUGUGGAACACGAGUGACUGGUCGCUGAUGCGCGAGCUACGACACGACACGCAGCGCUGGGUCUGGGACUGUGCCUUUAGCAUCGACUCCAGAUAUCUCUUCACUGGGUCAUCAGACAGUUACGCACGUCUCUGGGACUUAGAGAAGGGAACACUAGAAAGAGAGUACUGCGGCCAUCAGAAACCAAUUACAGCCUUGGCGUUUAAAGACCAGGCCAUCUAACGCAAAGGGGCUAGAUCCAUAGGAAUAGAUACGUACCACUGGACGAUCAUACAAGAGAGAAUGAUAGAAUAUAGUAUGACAUACUUGUCUGACUUGGAAUAACAAUUUUAUUUCGUGGGUUACACACUCGUACCGUGUCUACUGUGUGUGUAUAUACAACAAUAGUUAAGGAUACUACUAGAUCCUGUAUUGGAGAUAGGAAUGGAAAGGACAUUGGUCUAUGAAUGUCACGUUGUAGUGUACACUAUAGACACAUUAAAACGACGCAGUAUGGCAAAACGUGAACGUAACAUAUUAAGAUUAAGAUAUAAUAUAUUAAGUACUGUACUGUCUUUAACAAAAUUAUUUCAUAUGAGUUUAUUCUCAUUGACCGUGGCGAAGUCGUCUCUAGUGAUGCCACGCUUAGAAUCAUAUCCUCCUGACUACUAGAAUCCUCACUGAAGAUUUAUAUAAUAUACAUUUGACCACAUCGAUAAAUAAUUAAGGUACAUAUAGUCUGUCUUUUUUAAAAACGGUGUAAAAUGACAGCGCUUGCGAGUAACUAGUGAUUGCAGUCGAUAAAUAUUCUAUCGACUAUCGACUGAAUAUUGGUGACGCUUAUGGAAUAAAUAACCGAACUUGUUUCAUUUGAAUCAUCCCCGACCCAUUAUUUGUCGAAUUAUAGAGCACAAAUUCUUUUGAAAUGUGAUAGUGCUGUCGUUCUCUUGACGCUUUGAUGCACGUAGGUUUUCUUUGAGCAGUAAAAACAUAGUUUGUCCAAGAAUCUUUGUCUUUUCCACAAAAACCGAAUCUGACCAAAAUGCCUACUAUACAUACAGGUAUGUAGGUCCCUAUUUGCAAUAGUUCGAAGAGGAAUUCAGGAGAAAGUAGAAUCGUGUUACACGUUAUAAAUGUAAUAGGACACCAUUUUUCUUAUUGUUUUUGAGACAAGCUGUCUGGAGAUUGCAGUCAAGAAGAUACAUUUGAGUUUAAGGUGACUCGACUCAAUAAGGCUGUUUUUUAAGUAUCAUUAUUGAUAUUAAGACUAUGAUGAAGAUAUAAUUUUGUCAGUAUACUUUGUAAACAGCAAAUGCACAUACGAGGUAAGGAUUGUAGCUAGACUUCAUGCUUAAAUUGUCACUAAAACUGCUCAAAUUUUGACUAUUUAUUUUAUAAUAUUGUUCAUUCGUUCACU